AUGGGAGGACCUCCCGCGGCGCCGCGGCAGGAGGAGGAGGGCGCUGUGGUGGUGACGGAGCUGGAGGUGCGCGUGCAGCUGCUGGCCUCCGGCGGCGGCGGCGGCGGCGCGUACAACAUCAACGACAACGCCGACAUCCUGUCCGAGAUCCUGGCGCGCCUCGACGGCCGCUCGCUCGCGUCCGCGGCCUCCGUCUGCCGCCUCUGGGCCGCCGUGUCGCGCCGGGACGCCGUCUGGGAGGCGCUCUGCCUCCGCCACGUGGGCCCGGCGUCCGGCCCCACCGCGGGCCACGCCACCCGCACCGUCGUGGCCGCGCUCGGCGGGUACCGCCGGCUCUACCGCCUCUGCCUUGGCCCGGCGCUCGACAGGCUCGGCCGCGCGGGCGCCCUCGCCCACGCGCAGGCCCGGGCGCGCCUGUCGCUCUCCCUCUCGCUGUCGCUCUUCUCCAUCGACUGCUACGAGCGGCUAGGAGGCGGGAGCGGCGCCACUGCCGGCGCCGGCAGGCAGCAGCCUCCCUCGUCGCUGCUCUUCCUGUGCAAGCCCGUGGACGUGUCCUGA